AUGUUUAAGAAUUUAGUAAAUAAAACCAAGAGUGCUGUUCAAGAAGCUACCAUGGAAAUGGAGAAAGAACCAGAUCAUGUAGAAAAUGCCAAAGCUCAAUUAAAAAAUAUGAAAUGGAGUAUUAAAUUAUUAAUUCAAUUAGCUAGAGGUUAUUAUUUAUCUUCAGAUAAACAAGUUCAACAAGGUACAGCAUUUUCACAAAUUUUAGCAAGAUUCAGUGAAAAAAUUUCCCAUACCAAUUUCAUUAUAAAUCAAACAUUACCACUUUCAGAUUCAUUAAGAGAAGUUGGAGAGGGUAUUAAAUCAUCAUCAAUUUAUUUCCAACAAUAUACUCAACAAUUUAGUGAUAGAUUUGCAAUUCAAAUUGAAACUCUCUACAAGGAACAUGUUAAAAAAGUUGCAGAUUUAUGUAAACAACAAGAUGAAGUUAGACUCAAAUAUAACUCUGCUAAUCAUCAUUUGAAAUCCGCACAAAAGUCUAAUCAAACAGGUACCAAACUUGCUGAAAGGACAACAGAAUAUGAAAACACUAAAGCUCAUUACGAUCAAAUCUCUGCUAAUCUUUGUGUAGCCACCCAAGAUAUGGUUCAAUAUGUUCAAAAAGAAGUUGCCCUUUUAAUGAAAUCAUUUGUUGCUGAACAACAACUUUUAGUUGAUGAAUGUAUUAAAAUGUGGAUUAACGCCGAGGCAAAACUAUUCAACUCUCAAUCACCAACUACUGAAGGUUUCCAAACAACCCAUAAUCCAGUUAACCUUUCAAAAUUAUCUUUAGAUGAACAAAUCGUUUCACCACCACCACCACAACAAUCAUAUGAACAAAUUUCAUCACCACCAUCUGAUUAUUCAUCAUCACAUUCAGAUUUCUCAUCACAACACCAACAAUACCAACAAGAAUAUCAACCACCACAACAACAACAACAAGAACAAACUUCACCAAAUCCAUUUGAUGAUAGAAACCCAUUCGAUAAUUAA